UAAGCCACAACACUUUAUUUUUCUGUGUAUCCAGUCAUAAAGUGUCGAAAGAAACUCAACGUUGAAAUUUUCACGAAUCGAGACUUCAGUAAUAAAUAAAUUCUGAAAAAUGUUUUGCCUUUUUGUGGUAGUGACGGUGCUUUUUAUGACGACUGAUGCGCAAUUGCACAGGAUUUCAUUGCGUAAAAUGGAUUCUACUUUCACUUUACAAUAUUUAAAAAAACUUCGCAUCAAUUUAGAAGAAACUCCUUCAUUAAAUGACAAACGUCCUGUAUCUUUGUAUAAUUAUCUAAAUCUAAAGUACUUUGCUAGUAUUAGUAUUGGAGUUCCGUGGCAAGACUUUAACGUGAUAGUGGAUACUGGUUCAUCAAAUCUUUGGAUAUUUUCGGCAAAUUGCACAGAUAUUAUUUGUUUAGCAAAUAGUCGAUAUUAUAGUAACAUGUCCGAAACAUAUAUACCAAAUAAUACUCAGAUUGAUAUAGAAUACUUCUCCUACGAGGUAAAAGGAUUUCUAUCUACUGAUUCAGUGUUUUUUCCCGGUUAUGAAUCCGAAACGAAAUUGAUUGAAAUACGGAAUCAAACAUUUGCAGAAGUGAUACACGUAUUAAAACCAGAAAGGUUGCUUCUAAAAAGAUUUGAUGGUAUCUUGGGCCUGGGUUAUUCCAAUAUAUCUGUAAAAGGAAUAACACCUAUCUUCGACAACAUGAUUGAACAAGGUCUAGUGUCAUCACCUAUUUUCAGUGUUUAUCUCAAUAGAGAUGUUUCAGACGAGAUAAAUGGUGGUGUAUUGAUAUUAGGUGGUUCCGAUCCUGCUUUUUACGAAGGCAAUUUGACAUAUAUACCUGUUACUCGCAAAGGAUAUUGGCAAUUUACCAUAGAUAAGAUCAAAAUAGACUACAUUAAUUUGUGCAUCGAAAGCUGUCAAGCUAUCGCUGAUACAGGUACUCCAUGGAUAAUUGGACCAAUAUCAGAUAUCAGUCGUAUUAAUGAUCUUAUUGGAGUUUCUAGUGAUGAUGUAUAUGACACAGUAGACUGCGACCGAAUUUCUGAAUUGCCUACAAUUAGUUUCAUUUUGGAUGGUAAGGCAUUCAAUCUUACCGGCAAAGAUUACAUUAUUCAGUACAAGCUAAAGGAUGGUACUAAAUUUUGUAUAAGCACCUUUGUUGGAUGUCACAUCCUUGGGAUAAAUUGGAUUCUAGGAACCCGGAUGUGUUUCUAACACGCAAUUGUACAUAUAACCGCCGCUACAUAAACAUCCAUAAACGAGAUCUAACAGCCG